CUCUGUUUCCAGUGAUAAAAUCAUAAAAUAGUGAGUGAACAGUUCAUAAUUAGAAAAAAAUAAAAAGGGGCGCAGAAAAAGAUCGGAGGAACAGGGUUCUUAAUUAGGGUUACCUUUGAUCUCUGCUCCUCUCUCUCUCUAUGUACGAUAAGUUAAUACUUCCGCCAAAAGAUCGUUCUUCUUAUCGGGUCGCAGUCAGAUCAAAUUAGCACAUUUUAUUAGGGUUUUUGGAUACUGAUAAGUCGGCGAAUUUGACUGUUGUGAUUUGAUAAUAAAAAUCUCUAUUCAUCCAUUGGAUUUAAGAUUUAUAUUUGUUUACCGAACCGAAUUUUUUUGCAUUUGUAAAUAUGCGAGGACAGCAGAAAUCAAAAAGAGUUACUUGGGCUUCAGAUGUAAACCUUUGUCAGGUAAGACUUUUCCUUUCUGAAGAAUCCCCUGCCCAAGUUGGAUUAGGAGCUCAAGAUCACCUCCAAGCAAAGAUAUCAUGGCCUUUGCACGCAGGUGUUUUGGUGUCUGAUGAUAAUUUACCACCAGGCUUCGAAGGUGCACAGCCUGCAAGCCUCUGGAAGAAUAAAUUAGCUCAAAUCCCUGUGAUCAAAUGGACUCGUCCUCCCUCUUUUGUACUUGCUACAAAAUGGCGAGUGGUCGCCGGUGAAGAAAGCAAUGAAAUGGAGGUUCAGGAAAAACGGGAGAUGAGAGUGCUUGAAGCUAUUUAUCCACGCGAAUCUUCCAUUCCUCCAAAUCCUUCAAUGGUUCCUGGAGAAGAGACUCUUCAUAAUGAGCAGAACACACCUGUUAUACCCAUAACUCCUGUUGAAGAGGAGGAAGUAGCAGAUCCAUCAUUUGGUACUGUGCUACCUUCGAAUGCAGUUAGCUCAAAGGGGCAGGUAAUGCAGUCUGGAGUUCCCUUGUCCAACAAAAGUGCCGGAAAUAACCUUCCAGUCCCUGGAAUCUCAUCGGCUGGAGUAGUUCCUGAAGUGGAGCCUGAUGUUGUAGCAGCAGCUAAGGCUGCUUUAACUGCACUCAUGGCAGACAAUGGCCAAGGAAAUCUGAUUGACCAUGAGCUGCUCAUAAAAAUUUUGAGUGAUCCAAAAAUUGUUGGACAAUUGGUUACACAGCAAGGAGUAGGCACCAGCUCCCAUAGCGUGCCACCUACAAGUAACCAAAAUAUGUCUGCUGCUAGUAACAUGCCCAACCCAAGGCCGCAGGCAUCAAGUAGUACUGCUCCACCUCAGGCUGUAGUCAGUCGAGCUGAUCCAUCUUUCGUUCACACUGGUAGAACAGAUCCUCCUGCAGUUCACGUCAGUAGAACAGAACUAGUUAUGCCCUCGGUGGCAGGUGCUUCUAAUGGGCCCUUCCACUCUGCUCCAAGUAGGAUAGGACCCAUUCCCAGUUUGAGGCCUCGUGUACCUGAGGUCGUAUCAGCUCCUUUACCUUCUGUAGGAGCUCCAGUAGCAUCCGUGUCAACACCUUCUUCGUCUAUGUCAGUACCUGUAGCUAGGGACAUCAACUAUUACAAGAGUCUCAUUCAGCAACAUGGAGGGGAAAGUCAAGAAACAUUGCCACAGUAUAGCAACCGAAACAACCAGCAUUUAGGUUCAGUUCAAGAAUCAAUAAAUAGCUCUAAUCUUAGAGAUUCAAAACCUAAGAUAAUGAAGCCUUGCAUCUAUUUUAAUAGUUCAAAGGGAUGCCGCCAUGGCGUGAACUGUGCGUAUUUACAUGAUGCAUCCUCGCAACAGAGAGUUGGUAGCUUGCCAGAGGUGCAAAAUUCAAAGAGAAUGAAAAUGGAUAGGGAGAUUACUGGUACAUAGUAAUGCAGUUGGCACUUCCGUGUACAUUAUUUUUUUCUCAAAAGGAAUUGCUUGUUGCAGCUCGGCCAUUUUUUUAAACCCUUUUUACCUUCUUUCUUUAUUCCCUACAAUGAGCCAAUUUCGUUAAAUACUUACUUUAGCAAGAUAUGUCGGGUUUUUGCCCCAAUUACUUUACAAAUCAGUGAUAAAUUCCUUCUCUUUUCUUU